AUGGCCAGACGCUACGAUGCUAGAACCACGAUCUUUUCGCCCGAAGGGCGUCUCUACCAGGUCGAGUAUGCCAUGGAGGCCAUCAGCCAUGCUGGUGCCGCCGUGGGCAUUCUGGGCAAGGAUGGAGUGGUGCUUGCCUGCGAAAAGAAGAUCGCCUCCAAGCUGCUGGAGCCUGGCAAACGAAGUGAGAAGAUGUACCGAAUUGAUGACCACAUCGCUUGUGCCGUGGCUGGUAUCACUGCCGACGCCAACAUCCUCCUCAACUUCUCACGCCUUGCUGCUCAGCGGUAUUUGUUCGCGUACCAGGAGCCCGUUCCAGUGGAGCAACUGGUGCAGCAGGUCUGCGACACCAAGCAAGGCUACACACAAUACGGAGGCCUGCGGCCCUUUGGUGUGUCGUUUUUGUGGGCCGGGUGGGAUAAGCACUAUGGCUUCCAGCUCUACCAGAGCGAUCCCAGCGGCAACUACGGUGGCUGGAAGGCAACGGCGAUUGGUGCAAACAAUCAGGCUGCCACUUCUCUCCUCAAGCAAGACUACUCGGACGAGUUCUCUGUACAGGAGGCCCUCAAGCUUGCCGUCAAGGUUCUCUCCAAGACAAUGGACAGCACUGCUCUGUCUCCCGAUAAACUCGAGUUCUCGGUACUGAGAAGGGCUGCGGCCGGCCACAUCGAGUUCCACUCGCUCACGGAGAAGGAAAUUGCAGACCUCCUCCCCACCGUCGACCUUUCCAGCGUCGUCACGUCGGAAGCCUCCUAA